AUGAGCACAGCGACGCUUCAGCCGUCGCAGCAACAGCAGCCGCCGCGAGCGGCCUCUGCUCAAGGUCACAGACAGAAUUUGCGACCCAGUAACCCGCAGAAUGCCAGAAGUGCCUCCCAUCCUCACCCAAGUCGCCAGAGCGACAAGGACCCGGUCAUCGACCGACCCGAUACAUCUAAGGCGUGUCGAGUAAUGCCUCCGGAGGAGAUUUCAAAAGAUCCAGAACAGAAACAGUUGGGACAGUCGUCAAGACACUUGAAACUCAGCGAUUUUGAGCUGAUGCGGACUCUGGGGACAGGAACAUUUGCUCGUGUUUGGCUUUGUCGAUUUGCGCAUCCUCAACCGCCGGAUAGGGACAGAGUUUUUGCAUUGAAGGUCCUGAAAAAGGUCGAUGUGAUCAAACUGAAGCAGGUUGAGCAUGUUCGCAACGAGCGUGAUGUUCUUGCUGCCGUCGCAGGGCACCCCUUCAUCACCACCUUGAUUACCUCAUUUUCCGACGACACUUCGCUAUACAUGCUCCUGGACUAUACGCCCGGUGGAGAGAUCUUCUCAUAUCUCCGACGAGCACGUCGGUUUCCUUUCUCAACCGUUCAAUUUUACGCCGCUGAAAUCACCCUGAUCUUGGCCUAUUUGCACGAAGUACAAUUUGUCGCAUAUCGAGAUUUGAAACCCGAGAAUAUCUUGUUGGACGUAGACGGCCAUCUGAAACUCGUCGACUUCGGCUUCGCUAAAUACCUGCCCCCAACCGCCGAUCAAGCAUCCCCCAAUAUCCCCAAUCAGAACCACCCCUAUGCGAAACCGGCAUCAGAACACCCUGAGCCACAGGCAAGUGGAGCAGGGGUGACUUACACUCUCUGCGGCACACCAGAGUACCUUGCGCCUGAGGUGAUCCGGAAUACUGGCCACGGGACGGCGGUCGACUGGUGGGCGCUGGGGAUCUUGGUGUACGAAAUGCUCAUCGGGCAGCCACCCUUCUGGGAUCAGAAUCCUAUGCGUAUCUACGAGCAGAUUGUUGCUGGCCACAUUCGCUUUCCGACGUCGCACGCAUCCCAGCCAGGACACCGUCACAGUCUUCACGUUCCUAGGGCGGCGCGUGAUUUUAUUCUCGCGCUCUGCAAAACGGAUCCCACGCAACGGUUGGGGCAAAUCGCAGGGGGCAGUAAACGUGUCAUGGAACAUUACUUUUUCGACGGUGUGGAUUGGGAUGAGAUCUAUUACAGGAAACGAAGAGGUCCCAUCAUACCUCGAGUCGAAUGGGCAGGAGAUGCGGGCAAUUUCGAUGAGUACCCUGAUCCUGUUGAAGGCGAAGAGAGCGAAGGCGGUCGGGGCAGGUAUACUGACGAAUUACGUGAAGAAUGGGAAGCUGCUUUCAAAGAUUUUUAG